AUGGAGAAAAGCUGUUCCUGGACACCUUGCGGGGUUAACUCGCCGACACCGACAUCCCGGACUCUUCAUCUUAUACUGAGUACUUGGUACUCUGCUCAAUGGCGAAGCUUAGACUGGGGGAGAAGCAAGCGGGUUUCCAUCGACUUUUUGCCAGGCAUCAUCAUUCAAGGGCAUGACUGGCUAUUUGUGGCGUCCAUUAUGAGGAACAACAAGGCGAUCAUGUACCACUCCAUCUCAAUUGGCGACACCAAGACGGUUCUUGGCAUUUACAAGCUUGUCAUCUCUCUGCAGUAUUUGCAGCAGUGGAUCGAGCGAACCUACUGGCCUGCAUUUCGCGCCGAGGUUUUGGGGAUGGACGAGCAGGUUGAGAAUAGCACCUAG